AUGAACCGACAAGGCUUAGAUUGUAAAAUUGUGAUUGUGGGAGCAGGAUGUUUUGGAAUAUCGACCGCCUAUUAUCUACUCACUAGAGGCUUUCAAGAUAUCACGAUAAUCGAACGAUCUAACGAAUUCCCAGCGAAGGAUGCAAGUUCGAAUGACAUUAAUCGAAUUGUCCGCACUUCUUACACCGAUCCUUUUUAUGCCAAGCUCGCAAAGGAAGCUAUUAAGUCAUGGAAGGAGGAUGUGGAUAUCUGGGGAGAUAGUUAUCAUGAGUCUGGCGUCCUUCUUAUAGCAGGAAAAUAUGCAGAUGAAGCUUACUUGAAUGAAGUGCAACAAGGGUUGCGCCUCACACAAUUCGAACGCUUUUCAAUGGUCCAUCAGAGUUUUCCUUCGAACGCUGCUGUCUAUCUACCUGAAGAUACCAAAGGAUAUCUCAACCAUGACAAUGGUUGGGUCGAUGCUGGCAAGGCUACCUUUCUUCUCACAAAGAAAGUGAUAGCUCUUGGCGGCAAGCUCAUUCUAGGAAAACGCGCCACUAGACUGCUGCGGAAAGGAGGUAUCACAGAGGCUGUAGAGUGCCAUGAUGGUACAGUUGUCGGGGCAUCUCUCGUGGUUAUUGCUGCAGGCCCAUGGAGUCCCUCGAUCUUUCCUGAACUAGAAUACAAGGAUAAAUCGCUUGCAACUGGACAAUGUGUGGCCAUGGUUCAGCUUUCACAGGAAGAAGCUGAUAUAUACCGCAACGUUCCAGUCGUUCUCAAUUACUCUACAGGGUUUUACUGCUUUCCGCCCACGAAGGAUAAUAUCGUCAAAAUUGCGAUCCAUGCACCUGGAUUCACCCAUACUAUUGACAAUAUCUCUAUCCCGCGCACCGUGACCACUCAUCCGGAAGAUGGUCUAUUCAUACCAAAGGCAUUUGCCCAAAGAUUGCGAGAUGAGUUUGCAGCUGUGUAUCCAGAGCUUGCGAAGAAGGCUUUCUCAAGUACUAGGCUCUGCUGGUAUAACGAUUCUCCCGAUGGAGAUUGGAUCAUUGGACGGCAUCCAACCGAUAGUUCGAUAUUGUUUGCAACUGGGGGGAGCGGGCAUGCAUUCAAGUUCUUGCCUGUCAUUGGCCGUAUCGUUGCCGAUGCAAUACAAGGUACUUUGGACUCAUUGGUUGCCGAAAAAUUUGCAUACGAUCGCGAGAUAACUCACGUCGACGGUUCUCGAGAUGGAACAGGAAUGGUUCGCGAAGAAUUGAAUGUGAAUGAUCUUUGUGGGCAACAAUUCGCCAAAAACGAAAUUUUGAGCAGCUCGGGAGGACGUUGGGACGUGCGAGGGGAGAGGGGAGAGGGGGCGAAGGGGUAG